GGGUCUCGGGUUGUGUUUGUUGGUUGAGUAGUGAGGUUAAAGAGCGUUGGAAUCUGAGCCAGUGGAACUUUAAAUCAAGUGUCAGCAUUUUAGGAAUUGUUCCAAUAAUUAAUUUAGUCUCUAAAAUCACCUUAUUUAUCCGUCAAUAUGCUUAUCAAAGUGAAGACUCUCACCGGGAAAGAGAUUGAGAUAGACAUUGAACCUACUGAUAAAGUUGAGAGAAUCAAAGAGCGGGUUGAAGAAAAAGAAGGCAUUCCUCCCCAACAGCAACGUCUCAUUUUUUCUGGAAAACAAAUGAGUGAUGACAAAACUGCCCAAGAUUACAAAGUUCAAGGAGGAUCAGUAUUGCAUCUUGUUUUGGCGUUAAGAGGAGGAGAAUGAUUUCUGUUGUAUGGACUUGCUUGACUAAAUUGUGAUUCUGGUAUUCUUUGUCAAAUACCAUGUAUGCUGUGUGCUCUCCAGAUUUGAUUCUAUUUCAAGUUUCUUAAAUGUGCUGUGGGUAUGAACAACAUGAGUUGUAAUUUAUUGUAUUAAAUCUUUUAAAUCAG